CUGGCGCUCACCUGCAAUCAGAGAACAAAAGAAAAGCCCUAGAGAGAGAGAGAGAGAGAGAGAGAUAUGGCGUUUGUGAUGGAGUUUGCUCGGAAUCUGAUAUUGAGGAGCAUGGAGGAUCCAAAGGAGAGAGACAGGAGGACGAGGGAGCACAUUUAUGAGAUGAAGGAGAAGUGUAAGAAGACAAAGGAGAUGUGGAGUUUGCCCCUGAGACCCUAUGGCUUCUGGACCUUCGACCGCCACAACGCUCAGCUCACAUGGGACGCUCAGAUCAGUCAGGUUCCAGGACGCAGGGACCCUUACGAUGAUCUCUUAGCCGACAGCAAUUGAUUCUCUCUCUGUGUCUGAAAAAGAAAGCAGCUAUAGAGCACUAGACGCGAUGGAGGGAGAGCUUCUUUUUGGCUUUAGGUUUUCUAAUAAUCUACUCUGGUAUGGAAUGUGUAUUGGAGUUGAGCAUACGUAUAUUUAACUUAACAUGAUCUGGUUUGUCAACUUGGUGCCGUUCAAUUUCGUAGACCCUAUGUUUAUAUAGAUCUGCCCCUCCAUUGGUUGACUUAAACUGUGGCAAAGUGAUAUAUGUUCCUUGUGUUAUUUCAGUUGUCCAUCUGUCCUCUCAUGUGCUUCCUUUUA